CUCUCCCUCAGCAUUGCUGUUGGCUAGGAGGGGGUCGGAGGCAGCACCUUGCUGUGUGUUUAUGUGUGUGCAUCUUUUCCGAUCUGGCAGAUAUCAGUGUGUGAGGAUGAACGGCGCAUAGGCUGCAGCUCAGCGAGGAGAGGAUAGCGUUGGAGAAGGAGUGAAAAGUCCAAGACGUGGAGCGCUUGUGCUCACACUCAACCCGGUCUCUUCUGCCUCUGCAAAGUGCUGUUUCACCCUUGUUUCGCCGUUUCGCCGUCUCUGCACCCUGUGGGAGCUUUGGGGAGCACCUGCACUGAGGCGCACACAUUCCUGAGGAUUGCACCAUUGAGACGCGUCUUGGUUUGUCAGACAAGGUUCAGGAUGGAGCUCAAUCUGGGUGCAGCUGGGCGGCAGAUCCACUUUGCUCUUAUGCUGCUGCUCUAUUUAGGCUCGGGUGCAGCCUCUUCCAUAGUUAACAUGCGUAGGAUCACUCAUCCUACAGUACAACAAACUCUGGCAGGCAAAGCCGUCCUCCCCUGUGUCUUCACCCUCCAGACGAGCUCCUCCAGCCAGCCUCUCCACCUCCUGUGGACUCGCAUCAGGGUACCAGCAAAGGGAGAGGACGCUCCUCUGGAGCAGAUUGUGCUUUCUGCUAAAGGUGAUGUAAUCAAGGUGAAUAAGGCUUUCAGUGGCCGCAUCACGCUGCCAGGAUACACUGCCAAUCCUCUGAAUGCUACCAUGGAGAUCUCCGGUCUCCGCACCAACGACUCAGGCACUUACCACUGUCAGGUUGUCAUGGGUAACGACUAUGAGAGAGACACUGUGCCCCUGGUGGUCUCCGGUGUGGUGUUUCACUAUCAGGUUCCCAGCACCAGGUACGCCUUCUCAUUCACCGACGCCCAACGGGCCUGCCAGGAAAGCUCGGCUCAGAUGGCCACACCUGCCCAGCUGUGGGCUGCGUAUUACAACGGUUUUGCCAGCUGUGCAGCCGGCUGGUUGGAUGAUCAGACUGUUCGCUAUUCUGUCCAGUUGCCAGAGCUUGGUUGCUAUGGACACAAGGAGUACUCCGCUGGAGUGAGGAAUUAUGGGAAGAAGGACCCGAAAGAGCUGUUUGAUGUGUACUGUUUUGCAAAAGAGCUGGAUGGUGAAGUGUUUCACUCCUCGGUCCCAGGCAGGCUGUCUUUGUCUUCAGCCUCCGACCGCUGUGUGUCUCUCGGGGGGCAGCUGGCCACAGUGGGGCAGCUUUAUCUGGCCUGGAAGGCCGGCCUGGACAGCUGCGCCCCGGGCUGGUUGUCUGAUGGCAGCGUCCGCUACCCCGUGACUUGGCCUCGCUCGGACUGUGGAGAAGGCCACCUGGGAGUCCGCACCGUCACACCCAACAGCACCACUGACAACACCACAGCACUAUAUGAUGCUUACUGCUACAGAGGUAAAGUGAAGGAUUCAAGCUCCAUCGCUCAGAUCUACUCCUCCCUGUGGAAGCCCUGGAGCUACCUCACAGACUCAAGUGAUGCUGACUCUACAGGGACCGGCAGUCCCGACGUGACUACACAGCAAACCACCACUGCCAGAGCAUCCUCAGAUGGCAGUGAUGUUUCACCUUCAAACUGGACGGGAUUGGUUGACCUUGAAGGCGAGGCCGCCCUUCACAGAACUGAUGCUUCCUCAGACCCCUGGUCUUCAGAGUCUUCAGGGUCAUUUGUGACCCUCCAGCUAAUCCCAGGACAGAGCAUCUUAGACUGGGGAGAGCCGCUGGAGCCCAGCCCCGACUCAGAUGAGUUUCUCCGACCACCAGUCCAACCUACUCCUGCUGACAAGAAGGUGAUCUCAAAGAUCGUCAAGUCCAUUUGGAAGCCUUGGAACUACCUGGCGGGGACUGGAGAUGAGGAAGGAACCCAAUCACCGAGUGGAGAGGAAGGGGAAGAGGAGACGACCACGAAAAAGACAGAGGAGGGGUCAAAUCCAACCAGGGCAGCAUCACCAACAGGUUUGUCUUCUUGGGAGAGUUCAUGGUUCACCGGUCCCUCGAGGGAAAACUCUACACCAGCCAGUGAAGAAUCUCCCACUCGUCUGGUAUCUAGUUUGGCCGCCUCCAGUAACUCUAUGACUACUGAGAGCACCAAGAGGUGGGAGACUUCAGAGAUGCACUCGUCCACUGCCUCCAGCUCUGCACCCGAAAUCACCUCAUCCAGCGGGGAAAUAUGGGUCCGUGUUGAAUCGAAGACUACAACCCAGCCGGGAGACAAGAGAGAGGAGACGGUGACCUCCAGAAGCAGCGGCAGAGGAGGCAGAGGAAGGGGGAAGAAGAACAGAGGGGAGGACAGGAGCAGAGGAGAGGAUAAGGGGAAAGGAGAAGAUGAGGGGAGUGGAGAAAUCACCAGCGCGGAAGCAAAAGGAGAGAUUCAAGUUUCACGUCGACCAGUUGAUACAGGCAAACCAAGAGAAAGAUCCAGAGAAAGAUCUAGAGAGAGGGGUCACAGGAAGGGACAGACCACCACUACCAUGACGACCACCACCACUGCUAGUCCUCUGGAGCUCACUGUGAUGACCACAACUGGGUCGGAAAGCACUGACUUAUCUACAUCUGAAUCCCCGUCCACAUUGCCAGCAGAAACCUCAUCGCCAUCAAACUCACCAGAUCCAAACCAAUCCCUCUCCUCCUCUCCACCCCCAUCGGUGUCUGUUACUGCGUCCCCAUCUCCAUCCUCUUCUCAAGCAUCCCCAUCUCUUUCCCUGUUUGAAUCUCAAUCUCCCUCCCCAUCCCCAACUUCCUCACCUCCAUCUAAUUCCCAAACCCCAUCCCUCUCGACCUCACAAUCAUCACCCCGUGCCUAUUCGCCGUUUCAAACCGGCGGAUCAGGAGAACCAGCUCCAUCUACUCACCCGCACAACCAGGACAGCUCCAGUAACCCCCUGACAUCGUCUCACUGGGUCCCAGUGGAGAGAGCAGUUCUGAACAGCUCUAUGACUUAUCCUCCAUUACUGUCAGGACCCCCAGAUGUGGAGGAGCCUGCCUGGUCUCACACUGUGGGUUCGGGGGCCCCGUUACCUGGCAACAUGGAGGAGGAAAGCAACAGAGGGGGAGUCAACAUCAGCACCAUAACUCUCAGCCCAACAGACGAAGUGGAGCCCUGCGUGACAAACCCAUGUCUGCACGGAGGAAAGUGCCUUCCGCAGGGAACGGGCUACAGCUGCUACUGCCCACAAGGAUACACUGGGGAGAACUGUGAGAUUGAUGUCGAUGACUGCCAGUCGGAGCCAUGUGAAAAUGGAGGCACUUGCAUUGACAAGAUUGAUUCAUUCCUCUGCCUUUGCCUGCCCAGCUAUGGAGGAGACACGUGUGAGAAAGACGUAGAAGGUUGCGAGCACGGUUGGAGGAAGUUCCACGGCCACUGCUACAGGUACUUCACUCACAGACACACCUGGGAGGAUGCAGAGAAAGACUGCAGAGAGCACAGCGCCCACCUCAGUAGCGUCAUCUCAGCUACUGAGCAGGAGUUUAUCAAUGGUUUGGGUCAUGACAAUGCCUGGAUCGGUCUGAAUGACCGCACAGUGGAGGAAGACUUUCAGUGGACUGACAGCAACGAUCUGGUAUAUGAGAACUGGAGAGAGAGCCAGCCGGAUAACUUCUUCGCCGGUGGGGAGGACUGCGUGGUGACUAUUGCCCAUGAGGACGGCAAGUGGAACGACGUGCCCUGCAACUACAACCUGCCCUACAUCUGCAAGAAAGGCACAGUGUUGUGUGGAACCCCGCCCACAGUGGAGAACGCCCAUUUGAUAGGUCGGCGGAGGUCACACUACGACAUCCAUGCAGUGGUACGCUACCAGUGCUCCGAGGGCUUCUUCCAGCGUCACAUCCCCACCGCUCGCUGCCGGGCUGACGGUAGCUGGGAGAGACCCAGGAUCAUCUGCACAAAGUCUCGGCGGUCACACCGGUACCGACGCCACCAUCACAAUCAGCACAACGAACGCCGCGGCCACAGGAGACACGGAGGAGAGGGACACAAGGCCAGAGAGGACGCACACAGCUACUACUGAACCAAAUAAUACAACGUCUGCUAAGCCUAGGUGCUAACCAUGGCCUAUAAAGAAAGACAGUAGUUCACACUACACUCACUAUUCCUGCUUCUAACCAUGCUCUGUUUGGCUUUAUUCCUCCUGAUGAAUUAGGUUUUCUUACUCUAACAUACUGUACAGUUUAUCUCCAUAACCCCUAUCCCUAAGUUUGGGUGUUUUGAUGCUUCUUCUCUUUUUUCACUCUGCUUCCUUUAACCAAGGUCCAUGCGAACACUUGCUAUCACACUAACUCCUAUUAACGCCCUCCCUAACAUCUCAGUAAAGUAAAUCCUCCUCCUGUCUAUGAACUAAAACCCUCUCAGUCUAUCAGACUGACAGCAGUGUGUGAGCGUGUGUGAGCGAUUGCAUGUGAGAAAAGUGCAGAGUCACUUUUUUUGCAAAGGUUUGCUUGUUCUACAUGAAAAAUGACUUUCAUCCUAGUAUUCAGUUUACAAAGCACAGAUGUAAUUGAUGCAAGAUAGCAUUCAGUCCCUGGUGACCCUGAGCUUUUUGUAUGUGUACUGUAGUUGUUACUUUUUCCAUAGAGCACCUGAAGAGUUGAUGUGUUUUAUUCUACUGACAUGCUUUUUUCUAAUACUUGCUAUGUUUUUGUGCUAUGUUACUAUUUAUUAUGAAUUGUUUGCUAGUGAAUAUGCUUUCAUUUUUUACUUAUACUUCAGAGAGCCGAUUUAACAUAAUUUUUCUAUACCAGUAUAUAAGUCCAACAAUCAACAAUAAACUAAAUUAAUCAUUUGAUUGCCUCUAAUUUAAUCUCUGUAUUGUAAAUAUUGUGGUGUUUGUUUUUGGCUGAUCCCUGAUUAAUAGCUGGACCUUGUCUAAUGAAAUAGACCCCCCCCCCCCCAUAAACACUCUCAGCUGAUGAAUAUGUCCUAUUGAUAGUGUGGAUGGGGUUAUACAUUAGGAGAUAACCACUUGAUUGUAUCUGAAUUGCUAAAUACUUUCAAUCUUUGCACGGCUAUAUUUACAUGAUGGGUAGAAUGUCACAAUUGUUUGUCUUUGUUCCCUUUGAUAUUUGAUCAGUCAUCCACUUUUUUGGUGUUUUAUGACUUUUUGUCCUGCUGUUGUAUUCCAUUCUUAAUAAAGUGAAAAAAUGAACAACAGCA